AUGGGAUCAAUCCUCCAAUCAGAUGUCACCGGCCCCAGCCAGAGCGACGCCAACGACAUCCCCAUCGUCGACCUCUCACCAUUCACAUCACCAUCACUCUCAGCCGACACCUCGCACGAGGCUCGGCUGAAAGCUGCGCAAAAGCUCGUCCGCGCGUGUCGCGAUGUCGGCUUCGUGUACGUCAAGAACCACGGGGUGCCGGAGGAUGAGCUGGCCAAGGCGUUCGCGCUCUCCAAGCGGUUCUUCGACCUGCCGAUGGAGGACAAGAUGAAGGCGCCGCAUCCGCCUGGCUGGGUGGUGCACCGCGGAUAUUCGUGGCCAGGGUUGGAGAAGGUGUCGGGCGCCAUGUCCAAGCAAGACGACGAGGACGCUGUUAGGAAGUUGAGGGAGGUGCAGGAUUACAAGGAAAGCUACGAAGUUGGCUCCGAGACCAACCCAGACCAGCCCAACGUAUGGCCGCCCGCGGAGGUGCUCCCCGAGUGGCGGCCGUUCAUGAGCUCGUUCUACUGGACGUGCUUCGAGGCGGCGAAGCACAUCCUGCGCGCUCUGGCGCUGGGCAUCGGGCUCGCGGACGAGGACCACCUGCUGAACUUCCACGACGGCCACCACAACCAGCUGCGCCUGCUGCACUACCCGGCCAUCCCAGCCGCGGCGGUGGAAGUGGGCAAGGUCGCGCGCAUGCCCGCGCACACGGACUGGAGCAGCGUCACGAUGCUGUUCCAGGACGAUUGCGGCGGACUGCAGGUCGAGCGACGGCACGCUGCUGCUGGCGGGAAGGCGGAGGAGGACCAGGGGGAGUUCGUCGACGUCGACCCCAUGCCCGGCACCUGCGUGGUCAACGUGGGCGAUCUACUCAUGCGCUGGAGCAACGACUACCUCACGUCGACAGCGCAUCGCGUCCAGCUGCCGCCCCUCCAGGACCGCUUCACGGGCGACGAGAGGCUGACCCGCGCCCGCUACUCGAUCCCUUACUUUCUGACCACCGAUCCCGACACCGUCAUCGCGUGUCUGCGCUUCGAUGAUGAUCAUCCCGCUAAGUACGACCCCAUUACGCAGCGCGACUAUGCGGCCAUGAGAGCGCGGAUGCAAUAUUGA